AUGUAAUAAUUUCAAAGAUUAAAUUCAGAAUAAACUACUUUUAGAUGUAAUCCUAGUUAAAAGCCAAAAAAUAUUAAUCCAUCUCAUUAUAUUUCAUAGAAUAAAAAGAUUAAGUUUUUAGAUUGUCCCAUAUAGGAAAAUUAAUCUGAUGUAGAUUUCAAAAAAUAUAUGGAAGAAAGAUUAAAAAUAUUUCAAAAAAAUAUUUCAGAUUCUUUAAAUCCAUAUAAUAUUAUACAUCAUGACUCUAGGAAUAAUUAAAUUAAUAAAUAGAAUUUUUAAUAACAAACUCUUUUUUUUCCAGGACUAUGUUUCUUUGAAUCAAUUUCAAACUUGAAAUAACUUGAAGAAGAACAGAAAAAAUUGCCUUAUGAUGAAAUAAAAUUAAAUGAUUAAUUAAUCAUGAUACUUAGAUAUCAUACAAUUGAAAUUUAUGAUCAACAUGGAUAAAAGAUUGAAACUAAGAAAUCUUUUCCUUUUGUGAAUUAACCUGUAUCUAAAGAUAUAAAGUAUAAUUAAAUAAUAGGAUAAAAAGAUGAAUAAUUAUUGAAAUAAUCAGGAAAUUUUGUUACGAGCAACAUAGUCGAUUCAUAUGCAAAUUACCUAUAUUUUAGUUUAAAAGCUGACGAUCGUAAAAUGUAUAAGCGCACAUUCAUUUUUUGUUCUGACUUUAUAACAAAUUGUACAAUUAAAAAAGAGAAAAAUGAAGUAAAAUGGUUAACUUUAUUUUAUGAAUAAAUAAGUAAUUUUUCGUCAAUAUAGUAUCAAUUUUGGCAUAUCUACAAAAAUAUAAUUUUUGUGGUAAAUCACAAUUUACAUUGGUUUUUGUGUGAAAUUAGAUUUAGAUAGUAAUACUUUGGAAAUAUAUGAUUCUAUUCGUAAAAUGCCAUCUGCAUAUGAAAGACUCUAAAAUUUUUUGUAAACAAUUUUCUCUGAAAUAAAAAGAAAUCAACAAACAUUCAUGAUUAAAAUAAUAGAGAAUUUUCCUCAAUAACAAGACUGGUAUUCAUGUGGUUAUUUUUCUUGUAUAGCAUUGAAUUAUUUAUGUAAGAGUUAAAUAAAUAUGGGUUGUGAUGUUUAAGAAAAAUAUAUAAGUAAAGGAGAGAUGAAAUAAAUAUUAAAAGACUUAUUGAUAGAAGAUAAUUGUUAUAAUGAUAUAGUAUGA